UCCACUCUGACUUAAGUGCUAGUAAUUCUGUAUAUCUCUCUUCUGUGACCUCGUAUUGUAGCAGUGAUUCAUGAGGUAAAUUAUUCCAAGAAUUAUUAAACAAUGAGUAAGUUUAGGUUUUCAUGUGCGUUGUUAAGUCGACAUUUGAAUUAUCGUUGUCUUUCCCACUGCGAUGUGGAGAGAACGCGCAUCAUUUGUAAUGUGUUGCCAAGUUUAUGUACCCCUUUUACAAGAGAGCAUGCCACGAUUUCACAAAAAGAGGACGGUGGCUCUUCGACAGUUAGUAAAAGGGGUUUGAGAGCAGUAGAUCUCGCUAAGAAGCUUCGAUAUGAGAAAGAAAAACAAACGGAUGCUCAGGUUCCGGUGUCUCCGUUGCAGAGGAGGGUCUCUGAGCUAAGACGGUUCAGCAAACAGUUGCAGUCUGUGCACCCGAAUGUAUUGGCUAAGGCACUUUACAGGGGUUUGGUCUUCCAAAACCAAAACCUUGUUGUCAUAAACAAGCCAUAUGGAGUACCUGUGUACGAUGCACCAGGGAUCAGAAACAGCAUUGUAGGAGUUAUGCCAGUGUUGGCUAAAAUUGUAGCUGGUAUGAGGACAGGGUCUCAGCUUCAUGUCUGUCAUGCCUUGGAUAAAGAGACCACAGGCAUUCUGCUUCUGGCAAGAUCAGAGGAAAUAGCUGACAAUGUACAGAGGCUCUUCAAAGCUCAUCAGGUGGAAAGGAAAUACUGGGCGGUUACUGUGGGUGUGCCUGUGCCCUCUGAGGGAGUGAUUGAUAUCCCCAUCAUAGAGAGAGAAGUUGUUGGUCCCCAGCCACACUUUAAGAUGGGCUUAAGUCCAGCGUUCAAGGUCAGUGGUGAAGGUGAUGACGUAAUCCGGGUCCGAUCCCAUCGGCAGGCUCAGGCUGCAGUGACCCAGUACCGUGUUCUGGACAGCAGCGGUAGCUGUAGUCUUGUUGAACUCCAGCUUGUCACAGGAAUAAAACAUCAGUUGCGGGUCCACAUGGCACACGCCUUGGGCUGCCCCAUUCUUGGGGACCAUAAAUAUGCCCAUUGGACCAAGUUGGCACCUCAGAAAUUGCCAGAAGGUGUGCUUGGGAGACUGGGUCUGGAGCAGAGCAAAGCACGAUAUGUUCCUCUACACCUUCACGCAAGACAGUUAACCGUGCCGGGGUUCAAAGGUCAACCUGAAAUUACAGUAUCUUGCCCGCUGCCGAAAUUCUUCACCACAUCUCUGCACAGACUGAAAAUCUCCUUGCCAGACAAAUCAUGAGAUUGACAUCUUUUCACACCUCACCCUCCUAUGUCAGGGAAAACGUCAGAUGUCUUCUGUCCUGGAAGACUAUGAGAAGUGGUAAUGGAACAAGCAAUAGGCUACACUAAUGCUACAGAUUUCA